AUGCCCGAAGAUAAUUCGGAUUCUCAGAGAAGGCGCCUUUGGAGCAGCACCACGGCCACGUCGGAACCCUCUGAUAUCUCAAACUCUACCGUCCAAAUCAAGAUCGAGCUCGCGGAUCCUGAGGAUACCGCGAAUUCGCCAGGACAGCUCGAUUCUCACCAAGUUACCACGGAGGGCACGACAGAGAAGACAAAUGCCAUCGCCACCACAUCGACAGCGGAACAAUCCGAUUCGACAAACGUCGUCUUCAGAGUUGAGGUGCCUGAUGAUAAAGCCAGCCAUGGUGGCAAAGAUAUCUGGACGGUCGCAUACCGUGAGGCGGUUGAGAGCCUCGAUGAAGACAAGAGAGACAUGGUCAUGAAGAGUGAUAGAAUCAACCAACUGCUCAUGGAGCUUCGGGACCGUGAUGCAGAAAACGCCGAAAAUUCCCCAUUUCGGAAAGGAUUAGAGAAGCUCCAGAAACCUCUUCAAUACGUCAAACUGGCUGUUGACCUGGCCAAGCCCUUCGCCGAGUUGGGACCCAUGGCGGCGGCGACUGCCACCGGCGCGGUGAAAUCUUUUACUGUUGGCCUUGUACGAGUCUACGUAGACCUCCUUGAGUUUUACCUGGCUGCCAUGAAGUUUUUCUCGCAUAGGCAUGUAGCCCUUGGGUUUCUUUCAGAAGCUCUAAACGAAAAACUGCCGCCCAUCAUCACAAGGUUCUUCCAACACGUCUCGCUAUUGCAAGACUUUAUCCGAAAUGCGACACUUACGCUCGUCGACGACAUCAAGCGGCUGCUACUCGAUGACAAAAUUCUGAAACUCCUUGGCGUCGAUAAGGACAGAGAUCGAAGUGAGCACCACUGCAACAUGCGAAACGCAAAGGCAGACGACGCGUGCACGUGGAUAACCCAAAACCCGGCUUUUCUCAAAUGGUACAACGCAUCGACUGGUGAGUUCUUGGUUAUGUUCGGAGCCAUGGGCUACGGCAAGACUGUUACUACGGCCUUCGUGAUCGACCACUUGAUCCACCUGAACAAGAAUUUCCUGCCUCGACCUCUCAUCUGCUACCACUACUGCAACACCGAAGAGAACUCCGACACCGUCUACAUAUAUUCGAGCCUCUUGUUGCAGCUGUUUCGUCAACGGCCGGGCCUUAAACUCAAGUUUGAUAAAUGGCAUGCCGACAGGGAAAGAGCCCAGUUAAUCGAUCCAGCCCAAUCGUCAAAGGAACUCGGCGAUUUCUUUGCGGAGUGUAUCAAGUCUCUUGACAGGAUAGUAAUCGUUGUCAUCGACGCGAUUGACGAGUGCAAUGACCAGUCACGGCGGGAGCUUAUCGCCCUGCUUCAAGGUAUUGCCAAGGAUACACUGAGGUUGAAGGUCUUUUUCUCGUCUCGCCCGAAUGAAGAGACAGAGGGGUUAUUGCACGGAGCAGCACAGAUCCGCCUGCUACCCGACCGAGCACGAGACAUCGCCAUCGUGAACUGUCUCGUGAGCAACAAUCUGCCAGGACUUUCUAAGCAGACUCGGGACCUGGUCGUGGGAAAACUAUGCGAUGCAGCCAGCGGAAGUGCCAUUUGGAUCAAGCUCACGGUCGAUCUCAUACGAAAGCGCAAGAUAAACUCCUACGGCCGCAUGCAGAAUUUCCUCGAGGAAAUGCCGCUGCCUUCUAACCUCUCGGAGCUCUAUUUGAAGCUCUUCCAUCAAGCAUCGGAAGGCGAAGAAGAGAAUGAAACGCUCGCCACGAGAGCCUUGGAAACCCUCGCCGUUGCGAAGAGGCCCCUGAGCAUACUGGAGCUAGGAUGGGCGUUAGCCUUCGAAGACAUCCCCAAGGAUGACGCCUCUGAUAUGAAAGUGCAAGAGUUGGAGGGGUGGGUUGACGAAAAACGCGUUUUGAACUUGGUGCAGCCCUUCGUCGGCCACGUCGAUUUUGAUGACGUUAAAAAGCGUCAAGUGAUGCUUGUACAUCAGUCAUUGAAGUUGCUGAUCUUGCGACGCCCGCCGUCGGCCUGGGAACGGUUGGGAAACCUGGACAAGAUGUCCAAGACCGAGAAGAUGCAAAUGGAGCAGCGGCAAUCGGAGCUGGAAGCGCAGCUUUUGGCCAUCUGUGUGAGGUACUUGCUCCUCAAUGAAUUCGACGAUGGAGAGAUGGCUCUAUUUUCCGAAGAUCAGCAACAGGCCGAAAUCCUGACCCAUUUGCCUCAAGGGGAUGGACUCUUUGAUGACAGCGAUGACGCCGAUGUACCCGACCAGGAUGGUGGUGCGACUGCUGCUACGAAUGCUGCUAUGAGCCACGUAUCAGACACGGAUGCAGCUGCAGAGUCCUCCGCACCACUAUAUUUCGACCCGGCCGAGAGUGGCUUCGGAGAGUUCUUUGUCUAUGCUUCAUGCUACUGGCUUGAACAUUUUCAGCUCGCCUCCUGGGAACACUCGCCCGACAUAUCGGAUAUCGUUCGACUCUGCCGAGCCAAAUCGAACAGGCUACGUAGCUGGGUAGACCAGCAUUGCCGCCCUGACUGUACUAUAUUGCCAAAGUUGUCUUGGGCCAGUGAGGUGCUAGAUCCGCUGGUGAUCAUAUCGACCUUCGGACCAGCGGCUGCAAUGGAGGCUAUCCUGGCUAAAUACAACGUCAAUACUAGCCCCGAAUUCUUAGGCACGUCCAUCGCGACUACCAUUAAGCAUCUAGUCAGCUACAGACGAACCUCCCGUCUCUGCAACUUCUUCCGUCAACAACAUGUCGGACUGACUCCCCAGACGUUACCUCUCUACAUGAACGCCAUGGGGAAGUGGGCAAACUUGGCUGCCGAGGGUUGCGACAAAGAUGAAGAAGAGGGACUGGUAGAAUUUUUCGACCUCGUCUACACUAUGGUCCCUCUCCUAGUCACCGAUUCUUGGGGUAACGAACUGCUAUGCGAAGCAGCGAGGUCAGGUUGUCUCCCCGUCAUCGAGAGACUCUUCGACGCGGCGGAGCAGAACCCGGAACUGCGCACCGAACUCCUCCGCGAUCGGCAACGCCAGGUCGAUCCAAAACGCCACGACAGACACCAGUCCGUCGGCGAAGCAGUCUGGUCCAACCACAUCCACGUGUUGCGAUACCUACUCCAGCAACCGGGAAUCGACGCUCACCUCCGCCACCGCGACCUCGGUGGGGCCAACGUCUUUUGCGCCGCGGCACGGUACGGCAAUCCGGAGGUCGUGCGACUUUUGAUCGAGCAUCACCCGGAGGGCGUGAAUGAGCUGGACGAAGUUGGAGACGCGCCGCUGAGUGAAUUCGCAUUUGCUCGCUCGUCCGUCGAGGUUGUUAGAAUCCUGCUGGAGGCUGGCGCAGAUCCGAAGAAGGGGAACGCCCAUCCUUUUUGGAAUCCGCUUCGGAUCGCCGUUAGGAACAUGGAUGUUGAGAUGUGCCGCUUGUUAGUGGAAGUGGGAGGGGCGGAUCCCCUGGAGGCUCUGCGUGUUGACGACGAUGGCUAUGGGGUAGGUCUCGCCGAUCCUAUCUCUAAUGAUGAGGUGGCGCGGACUAUGCUGGAUAUGUUUUGUCGGUUGGGCGGCGUAAAGAAAGUAGAAGCCAUCUGA